CCUAGCUACUUAACUCAAACUUCACGCUGGUAUCAGUAUGGUCACGAAGUUGACAACUUUGUUCUCCUUCAUCAUCUUCUUCUUUCUUACCUUUCCCUUUGUAGCUCGAGCUCAGGGCCGAGCGCCACAUGGCCUUGCUUAUGAGAGCCCAAUGGCCUUCUCUCCGGCAGCUUUCGAGUUCUUCCACCCAACUGCUCAACGCCCCGUUUCAUCAUGCGCCCAAUCCCUCGACUGUGCACCUCUGCCUCUCUCCUUCUCUAGUGUUUCUUCGGCUGUGGCACAAUCAACUCAAGCUUACCAAAGCAAGCUAUCGAAACCACCAACGAGUUCAAGUGGAAUACGUGUGGGUGGCAUUGCUGGCAUCGUCUUUGGCUUCGUGUUUGCCGUGCUGCUAGCAAUGGGUCUCUACUACGUAGUCACCAUGCGCCGAGCCAAUAUCAAUCGAUCUAUUUCUGUCCGCCCAGAUGUCUGAUACAUUCAAUUAAUUGGCUUGCCCUUUGAUCCAUUUUGGUGCUCUUCGAUCGGUUCCUUUUUCUCUUGUCCUAGUUAGUUACAAGAUUUGUAUCUAUAAUUUUAAUUCUAGUUUUCAAUCAAAUGCCAUCUAUGGCUAUCUUAUCCUAUAAACAAGGACUGAUUUCUUCA